GUAUGACGGCGGCGGCGCGGCGGCUGCCGCCCCCUUGCCCAAGAUGGCGUCGCUGCUGCAGUCGGAGCGGGUGCUGUACCUGGUGCGCGGCGAGAAGGAGAUGCGGGCACCGUUGUCGCAGCUGUACUUCUGCCGGUACUGCAGCGAGCUCCGCUCCCUGGAGUGCGUCUCGCACGAGGUGGACUCUCACUACUGCCCCAGCUGCCUGGAAAACAUGCCUUCAGCUGAAGCCAAGCUGAAAAAGAAUAGGUGUGCUAACUGCUUUGACUGCCCCUGCUGCAUGCACACCCUUUCCACCCGGGCCACGAGCAUUCCUGCUCCGCUCCCUGACGACCCAGCCAAGACUACCAUGAAGAAAGCAUAUUACUUGGCCUGUGGAUUUUGCCGCUGGACUUCCCGGGAUGUGGGCAUGGCAGACAAGUCUGUGGCUAGUGGUGGCUGGCAGGAGCCAGAGAAUCCUCACACACAGAGGAUUAACAAACUGGUAGAGUAUUACCAGCAGUUGGCCCAGAAAGAGAAGAUCGAGCGGGACCGGAAGAAGCUGGUGCGGCGCCGAAACUACAUGCCCCUGGCCUUUUCGCAACACACUAUACACGUAGUGGACAAAUACGGCUUGGGAACCAGGCUUCAGCGGCAGAGACCCGGAGCGCCCAUCAGUGCCCUCGCUGGACUCUCGCUGAAAGAAGGAGAGGACCAGAAGGAGAUCAAGAUUGAGCCGGCUGAUGCAGUGGAAGAAGUGGAACCCCUUCCUGAGGAUUACUACACAAGACCAAUCAAUCUGACAGAAGUGACGACUCUGCGUCAGCGUCUGCUGCAGCCUGACUUCCAGCCCAUCUGCGCUUCCCAGCUCUACCCACGUCAUAAGCAUCUCCUGAUCAAACGCUCGCUGCGCUGUCGGAAAUGUGAACAUAACCUGAGCAAACCAGAAUUUAAUCCAACAUCCAUCAAAUUCAAGAUCCAGCUGGUUGCUGUUAACUAUAUCCCCGAAGUGAGAAUUAUGUCUAUUCCCAACCUGCGCUACAUGAAGGAGAGCCAAGUCCUCCUGACUCUGACCAAUCCAGUGGAGAACAUCAUGCAUGUGACGCUGCUGGAGUGUGAGGAAGGAGACCCUGACAACAUCAACAGCACUGCCAAGGUGGCAGUUCCUCCCAAGGAGCUUAUUCUGGCUGGCAAAGAUGCUGCGGCGGAAUAUGAUGAGCUGGCAGAGCCUCAAGACUUCCAGGAUGACCCUGACGUCAUUGCCUUCAGAAAAGCCAACAAGGUAGGAGUUUUCAUCAAGGUGACCCCGCAGAAAGAAGAAGGCGAAGUGACCGUCAGCUUCAAGAUGAAGCACGAGUUUAAAAACCUGGCGGCUCCCAUCCGGCCCAGCGAGGAGGGCGAGCACACCUCGGAGGUCAUCUGGCUCACCCACCACCUGGAGCUCAGCCUCGGCCCCCUGCUCCCCUAAAAAAGCCCCCAACCCCGAGGGCUGUGGCAGGACAGACCGUGCUGAGGAGGAGGAGGAGGAGGAGGAAGAGGAGGAAGAGGAGGUGCCUGGUGAAACCUUUGUGCUGUGUGGCUGUGCGCCGCGGCCCCCCCCAGCCGGGAGGUGGCUGAGGGGGGUUGUGUUUUGGGAUGGUUUUUGUUCUCUCUUCCCCUUGUUCGUUAAGUGCCCACUAAUCACCGCUCCGCUUCCCCCGCCCCGGCCGCCACUUUCACUUCCAGCACGGAGAAAGGUCUCACUUUCUCCAGAUUUGCACUACACCCCGCCCCAAUUUGGCUUUAUCGACAGAAAAGAACCCUUA